AUGGCUGAGGUACCCAUAGAGGAGCUCAUUGUGCCUCGCUGGACGGAAAGCCGGUCCGCACAAUACUUGACUCCUAACGCAAGAGCCUAUAUCGUGGCCAGCAAGAGCGAAGGUCCCUAUGCUUACAAGGUGUGUAUGGACCUGCCCUAUUACGUGCAAGGGGUUCGACCGCUGUAUCCAGAAGUGUCCGGUAUCGUCUUGCGCAACAUCAGUUUCGCGUGGGGCCGCAUGAUGAGAGACAUUGCCACCACCAUCCACACCUCCGGCGGUGCUAGGCGGCCGGGGGCCGUGUACCGGGUGAUUCACAGCGGAAACGGCCACGACAACAGUGGAUACGUCCACGACGGAAUCCGGCCCCGUGGCUCUGGCGCCAAUCCCGCGCAACCAUUCACCUUCCAGGUACAGGUCCAGAGGCACCUGUACCAGCGGUGUUACGAUCUGAGUCCGUUCAUGUCCGCCACGGUCGACCUGGAAGACGCCGCGGACCUCUGUGCCCUCUACGAUGCUCACGGGUACGGCGGCAUCCAGAUCCUAGAGAUUGAGACUACAGGUCCGGACUGGGAUCACAACGUCCAGAGGCUAUGGAAUGUCCGGGACUUGCUUACCGACUUCGACACGCGCAAGUUGCUGACAGGACACAGUUUUGCCAAUGAGUAUCUCAUAGAGCACUCCAUCCCCCCUAGCUCCGUCACGAGACAUCCUUGGGACGACGCCCUGAGGGCGAGACUGGAUCCCGACGGCCAGCGAGUAGCCCGGGCACGUGCAAGACUUGGCCUCCUAGAAGACAAGAGAGGUCAUUACGAAAGCCGAAAUCGAGCGCAUGGCGAAUACGUCGGCUUCAGACUUCCGCGCACGGGAGGCAAGGAUGGAUAUUUGCGCAUCACGGGCUGA